GGCACAUCAUAUAAAAAGAUCCGCUGGAAGAUGCGUCCGAAGGUAAUACAAUUUUGGAUAAUUUUAAAACGUCAGGAACUGUAUAGUAUCUCGCCUAUCGGAAUCAUAUGUGAAGUAUUGGAUCCAAAAAUUGUCGCUAAAUAUACUUGUCGGUCGAAAAAUGUGAAUCGUACAACGAAUAUUGGAUUUAAGGAAGUGAUAUAUCAGCCCGGUGUUGUACUAACUAAUGUUCACAUAAAAGUACAGAUGUACAAAAAAUUUGCAACGACCUAUCGACCAUUUUUGAUAACACUUGAUCAAGACUGGUGUAACAUACUAAGUGACGAAAAUUCACCAAUACACAAAGUGCUGAACAUAAACGACCAUCGAAAAUAUGGAAAUUUAUACGAUCCUUGUCCGAUGACGGGAAGGCGAUACGAAGAUCGACCUAUGGAAUAUGAUAAAUUACCGGACAUACUUCCGGAUGGGGAAUAUAGACUCGCCGUUACGACCUACGUUAUUGACGAGGGGAUAAGAAAAGACUUUCUUCGUACUGUUGCACUGGGGGUCAUUAAACCGAAAACCGCUGAGCAAUGGAGAAAGUGAAAAAAAUC